CGCGUUGCUGGCGUUCUCCGCGUCUCGCCAUACGCCGUCGUUGCUAUAGCGACCGAGCCGGCACGUGACCUCUAUCAUCACAGCUCCUUGAAACGCUGUUGCUGGCCAUGCCGCCGCCGCCACAGCGCGGAGAGGAGGUCAUCACCGAGCGGCGACAGCGAGGCGGCGUUCAAUUUCUCGUCACGGAGCUCGGAUGUCGUCAUAAGCAUGGCGGACUUAUACUUGUUCCUCGCUGAUCAAGGUGUAUGCGAAGAAGAAAGGUCUCGUGUGUUUCGCCGGCAUCGUGAUGCUUUCAGUGCAUUAACUGAAGAACAAUUCAGUGCAAAGUUCCGCCUCUCCAAAGACGCCGUGAGGGAAGUCUGCGAUGCUGUUUCAAGAGAUUUACAGAAACCGCAGCAGUGGCGUAGCACUACCCUCACGGUUGAACAGAGGGUGCUUAUGGCACUAAGGUUUUAUGGAACUGGUGCAUUUCUCAGCAACAUUGCGGAGGAAGAUGAUUUCCUCACAAGCAAGCGCCCAGUGUCCGAGGCGAUCCAUUCUGUGAGCACUGCAAUUAUCCGGAAUCUUGCACCACGAUAUCUCAAGUUCCCUGUGUCACCGGAAGAAAGAUUGAAGAUCAAGCAGGAUUUCUACGAAAUUGCUGGAAUGCCUGGCUGCGUUGGUGCAAUUGAUGGGACUGCAAUCGCAAUCAUUGCUCCAAGCACGAGGGACCCCCGUUUUGUGGAUGGGAAUUACUACUGCCACAAGGGGUAUCAUGCCCUCAAUGUGCUUGGGGUUUCAGAUGCAACUCGUCGAAUCCUCUAUCUGAAUGCCUGUUACCCGGGAAGUUGCCAUGACUCCUCCGUAUGGAGUAUGUGUGAUCUUCGCCGUCAGGCUCCACAGAUGUUUGGUGAUGGAGAAUGGCUUCUAGGGGACCUUGGGUACCCUCUCGAGCCUUGGCUGAUGACCCCUGUCCGCAACCCUGCAACACAGAAAGAAGAAGCGUACAAUGAAGCGCACCGAAAGACCAGGGUUCGUGUGGAGCAAUGCUUUGGGGUCCUGAAGAUGAGGUUUAGAUGCCUCCAGCGCUACAGAACACUGCACUUCUCUCCAGACCGGGCAGCAAAUAUCAUAACAGCAUGUGCUAUUUUGCAUAACAUCUGCCAGAAAUACAAUAUUCCUGACCCAUCGGAUGAGGAAGUGGACGACCAGGAAGGGACCAACGAAGACAACUUUGACGUUGACUUGAUUGAGGAACCACUGGAAGCCUCAUUAAUAUCCAGGGGAUUGCACAGAAGGAGCCAUAUAAUAAGCCAGUACUUUUGAUUCAUGGUUUAGGCCAAGUGACAAGGUGCAUGCCUUCACAUAACCACGUGUCGCACUUAUAAACGACGAUUCCAUGUCAACGACGUGAAGCAACUGUGGCUGUGUACAUCGUACAGAUGUGGUCAGAGGACAGCAGCAACUCUGAGUGGGGAGGGGAUGGUUAGUGUGUGUCAUGGGCUGACUUCUGGGGGAACUAUGCCGACAUUCAUUAUCUGUAAAGUCUGACGGAAAAGGAAGUGAAAACCUCAGGAGAGCACAGCCAGUUCUGGGAUUCAAACCCAUGUCAUUUUCCAUUCUCUGCAUGGAACCGUUGUAACUGCCACGUGAUCUGGUAACACAUGAAAUGAUUUGUGCUAUACAUACUAUAGUCGACAAUCGGUUUUCAGAUGGGGUAAAGAAGUGGACUUCGUUGCAAGAACACAUCUCAACUCAUCUUUGUGUGUGUUUGUUUUAAAUUGUGUGAAAUUUUGUGUUGAAUUUGAAAUUGUUCAUUGAAUUGUGCAAAAUGUUUCUGUAGCAGAACAGAUGAAAUAGACACACCUCACUACUGCA